AGCUAAACAAUCGACGUCUGUGAGUGGCGGGAUUCCCCUUCAUCAACACACCCUAGUGUUUACUGACUGCAUUUUUACAGGUGCUUUCCACCACCAUCAUCCUACUCAUUAUCAUCAUCAGGUUACUUCCCUGCAUCCUCUCAAUCAACACUACUUUCACUGUUCCAUUUACCUCACCCGCCUGACGUCAAUCCUACCUUUUUUAACAACCGUCCAGGGCUGAACCGGGUGCACUUCAAGAACGGACAAUGAGGCAACUGUGGUUGGUACUGGCCGGUCUCAUCCUGGCGUCGGCGGUCGGAGCUAUGUCCACGUGCAAGACUUUGGACCUUGAAGUGGUGAGGAAGAAGCGAAUCGAGGCCAUUCGUGGUCAGAUCCUGAGCAAGCUGCGCAUGGCCAAGGAGCCUGAACCCGAGGAGGGCGAAGAGGGCAAGGACGCCCCUGAGGCCAUCAUAUCGCUGUACAACAGUACCGUGGAGCUCAGCGAGGAGCUGAAGAGCAAGGCUGAUCCUGCCACGCUGUCCCAUGACGAGGAAGAGUACUUCGCGAAAGAGGUUCAUAAGUUCGUCAUGACGCGGGUGGACAAUACCACCAUGAGGCAGCUAUUCUUCAACGUGGAAGAGAUGAAGCAGAGCAUCAAGAACCCCAAGCUGCUGUCACAGGCCGAACUCAGGCUACGCGUGAAGCGACCCUCAAUCCCGAUGAACUCGGAGCAAAGACUGGAGCUCUACAAGGGUCUGGGCAAUAAGGCGCAAUACCUGGGGUUUCAUGCCAUCUCGAACAUACUGGCUGAUCGCUGGAUCUCCUUUGAUGUUACGGCCACGCUUAAAGAGUGGCUUCAAUCUCCAGAGAACGAACAGGUAUUCGAGCUGAAGCUGUACUGUGGCUGUGGGGAGUCGGAAAAACAAUUCCAGUUUUCCAUAUCAGGCAUUAUCAAACCAAGAGGCGACACCAAGGUUCUUUCUUCAUUAAUGGCCAAGCCGUACAUUCUGGCCAUGUCUGUCUCUUCCGACGGCUACAGCCUUGCAACGACCCGCAAAAAGCGAUCAACCACCACAAAUGAAACUUGUGACGAAAAAACUGAGAUAUGCUGCAUGCGGAAGCUCUACAUCAACUUUCGGAGGGAUCUCGGGUGGAAGUGGAUCCAUGAGCCUAAAGGAUACCUCGCUAACUACUGCAUGGGCUCCUGCACCUACAUUCGGAACGCAGAGAAUAAAUAUUCUCAGAUUCUAGCCCUCUACAAGCACCACAACCCUGGUGCAUCCGCCCAACCAUGUUGUGUACCUCAAGUUCUGGAACCUCUUACAAUCAUGUAUUAUGUGGGCAGAAAAUACAAGGUGGAACAGCUGUCCAACAUGGUGGUGAAAAACUGCAAGUGCAGUUGAAGCGGCUGCGGUUCGGCUCCUCCGAUUCCCCCGCGGUCCGGAAUCUUCUAGGCACAUGCUCACACACAUGCAAGCGUACACACACACU